UCAGCGUUUGCAUUAACGCCAGCGUUAAAUCUCACCUAACGUGGCGUUAAAUAUUUUUGGGUUGCUCAAUUAGCGUUAGGCAAAGACCGGCGUUAAAUUUGGCGUUAAAUUUAAAGUACCUCCUCAGCCUCAGUUAAACCCAGCGUUAGGAGAUUUCUGGCGUUAGCAGCAAAUCCAACAUGGCCGCCAACAUUGCAAUCUUUCCACUUCAGCCACAAAUUCAGGCAAUUCGACAAUAUAAUCGCACUUUUAAUCAUCUUGAGCGCUUUAAUGAUAAGAAACUAUUUAAAAGGUAUCGUUUUGAGUUGGAUGGGAUUGAAUUUAUAUGUGAUUUAGUGAGAGAGGACCUCGAAAGAGCAAGUGGUAGGUCAAUGGCCCUCACAGUGGAAAUACAAGUGCUCCUUGCCUUGCGUUUUUUUGCUUCGGGGGCAUUUUUGGAGGCAAUAGGAGACACCCUUGGUGUAGACAAGGGAUCAGUAUCAAGAGCUGUGCGUGAUGUAAGUGCUGCGUUACACCGCCGGAGGGAUGAAUUUAUAAAAUGGCCAAUCCAAGUCGAAGAGCGGCGUAAAGUACAGAUGGGUUUCUACAACAUCUCAGGCUUCCCAAGAGUACUCGGCUGCAUAGACGGCACCCAUGUGAGGAUUAUAUGCCCAAAUCAGCAGGGAAGGGUCCCAAACUAUGAAGCGUCAUUCGUUAAUCGCAAGGGCUACCACAGCCUAAACAUCCAGGCAGUCUGUGACCACACUGGAAAGUUCACAAACAUAGUGGCAAAGUGGCCUGGAGCUACCCAUGACAGCUACAUUUUCCGUAACUCAGCCCUCUCCUCGAAUUUCGCAGGGGCAAGAGGAGAGGACGGGAUGAUGUUAGGAGAUAGUGGCUAUCCUUGCAGGCCAUUCCUCAUCACCCCCUACCCUAACCCUACAACACCUCGUGAGCAGCACUUUAACAAGUCCCUCUGUGGCACAAGAGUUCGCAUUGAACAUGCCUUUGGUGUCCUCAAACGGCGAUUCCAUGUGUUGCAUGGCGAAGUUCGCAUGCAACCUGAACGUGUGGUAAAGAUUGUGUCGGCGUGCACAGUGUUGCACAAUAUUGCAGUCAUGAGGGGAGAACGGGAGCCCCCAGAGGACGAGAGUGACAACAGUGAUCUUGAGAAUAACGACAUUGAUAGCGACAGUGAUAGUGAUGGUGGAGACGAUUAUGAUGGGCCAGAAAAUGGACGACUUUACAGGGAUUACCUGGCAACCAAAUACUUCUAAAGGUAAACUAUAGGCAGCAGCUAGGUAUAGGCAAGAUAAAGUUAAUAGACGAAGCAGCCAAUUAUAUCGUCUCUCAUAUCUCACAGUAUGUUAAAACCAUUCCAUACUUCAUACUGAAUCUGACAUGACCAAGUGCCCUUGCUGUGUAUAUUAGUCACCUGAAGAUGACCAAUUUAACCCCCUAACCAA